CUACUUCAAUUUGUCAGGAAAUUAUGAAAAAUGUGGAUAUAUCGAUUGGUUUGAUUUCGUGACGAUGAUGGAAGCUAACUAUGGAGAAGAAAUUGGGUGUGUCGAGGGGAAUAAUUCAUCGGGCCACACCUAGGUCUCAGCAUGAAAGCAAAAAGCCAUUUUCAACAUUUUCAGUUGAUUUUGAGCGAUCCACAGACCCAUACCUGGAAUAAAAAGCCCUCGGCAUCUCCAUGUACUCCAGAUGAAGUUGUAGCUGGCCUUCGUGAUUGUGGAGAAGGCGAAGUGGAAAAGUGGCUGGAGGAUGAGGCACUUGCUGGAUUUAGGGUCUGGCAACUUGCGGCUAUUGUCAUUUCCAUUAUCCUGACCCUCAUCAUUGGCCUCUGUUGUUGUAUCAGGUUUAGGAUACCUCGGACAAAGCAGAAUAUCGAGGCUGACUCUGUCAGAAAGAAAUUGACAAAUAAUUUCCGGAGGGAGUUGUCAAAAAUUAGCAAUGGGGAGAUGGACGAAAUGGAUUUGCGCAGAGCCAUAGAGAAGGUCAGGGCGGCCCUAGAUGUUGAAGCUGAUGAUCUCAACACUGAGAUGGUAAUAACAGAUAAAAAACCAAAGGAUUUGUCCUCUUUGGGAAUGAUGUUCCAGGGGAUGAGGACUCAUUUAUCGAAAAGCCCAGAGACCCACGUCAUCUAGCUUUUAAUGCAUUAGUUUCUCGUUUUAUUGUUGUAAAUAUAAUACAUAAAUUCGUUGAUUGCAUGCAACAGUUAAUUCUACAGAAUAAUCUACAGAUAAUAACCUGCAAUUCAUAUUUAUCUUAGUGUUUGUUUUCUUCCUGGAUUAUUCAGCAGACGAAAAGUAAUUUAUUUCUGUCAUUUAGGUUUAUAAAUCAUUCAAUAAAUAGACCAUUUGAUUGAUGUAAGUUGUAUACUUAAUUAAAAUAGUCAUCUCUUCGAUAUUCCCAGGUUUUUUAUCCCUAGAGGAAUUAUUCUCUAACAAUUUACAUCAAUUUGUUUUUAAUAUUUUUGUUUGUUUUAUUUAUUUUUUCUAAUAGGAGUUCUAUUACUUAUCUCUCGUACAGAAAUAUAAGGUACAGGUCUCUCAUUCUCGAUUAUUCUAGUGACAUCGAAGAGUAGUGAAAGAAUUAUAUAUUAUUUAGGUUUUUUUUUAAUCUUUUGGGAAUUAAAAAAUUGGGCUAUUUCUCUCCUAUGACACUGAUAGAUUUUGGUUUUAUGCGAUUUAAUGUUCGUUCGUAAGACGCACGUAAAAAUUCUCGUAUUAAAUAAUUUUGAUGUUAGAUACUAUUUUUAUUGUUAUAGAAGUGACGUGGUGAAACCUAUUGACAAAUACAUUAUCGUGUCUUUAAAAUGUGCAAUUGUUUUGAUAAACCGAAAAACUUUUGAAUUUUUUACAUAGGCCUUAAGAUUUUCAAGUCGAUUUUCGUUUCACCACUUCAUCACCAUUUUUCCUCGUUUCGCUGUUUUGGUAAAUAAUCAUCUCCAGAGA